AUGAGCCCUGCCCUGCUGCUGGCCCUCCUGGGCAUCACCCACACCCUGACCGGAGUGCAUGCCCUGACCUGCAACCAGGGGAGCGCGGAAACCGUGAGGGACAUAUCGGAGCUGCCUCUCCAGUGGACGACCGGCCAGAAGUCCUGUGAGGAUGGCUGGGGCUGCCAGGAAGUUCUGCUGCUCAUUGAGAAUGGUGAGAAGGUGAAUUUGAUGAUCCUCAAGGGCUGCACCCAGGCGGCGAAUCAGGAGGCCCGCGUCACCCAGCACAGGACAGGCCCCGGACUCUCCGCUCUAUCCUACACCCACGUGUGCAGGGAGGAUCUGUGCAACAAUCUCUCCUCCACCGUCCCUCUCCGGGCCCUGCCCCCACCCACAGCCAUGGGGUCUGUGCGGUGUCCAGUCUGCUUGUCUACAGCAGGCUGUGGGUCUGCAGCGGAGCUGCCCUGCCCCAUCGAGAGCUCGCACUGCUACAGUGGGGUCCUUCUGUUCAGCGUCCUGGGACCCAGAGGAAGAUGGGCCUGGCUUCCCAGAGCUGUGCCUCCCCCAGAGGGUUGGCUGAUCCCAGCGGCAGCAUCUCCCUCCCUCUCUCUUUCCACAGGGGCCAUCUCUAGCCGUCUGAAAGUCCAGGGAUGCACAUCUCAAGAAGGCUGCAACCUGCUUAAUGGGACUCGGGAAAUAGGGCCCAUCACUCUGCGGGAGACCUGUGAUCCUCAAGCUUUUCUGUCCUGUCAUCGGGGAGUCAUGUUACGGACUUCUGUAAACCUGGCUCAGGAACCGGUUGAAUGGACCGCGAAUGGGAGGCAGCUGUGUGAUCCUGGGGAGGUGUGUCAGGAGACACUUCUGCUCAUAGAUGUAGGACACAAAUCACUCCUAGUGGGGAGCAAAGGCUGCAGCAAAGCCAGGACACAGGAUCCCCAGACUAUCUCCAUACACUCGGGACCCCCAGGAGUGCUCGUUGCCUCCUAUGCCCGGUUCUGCUCCUCUGACGAGUGCAACAGCGCCAGCAGCAGCAGUGUCCUCUUGAACUCCCUCCCUCGUCCAGCUGCCCCUGCCUCAGGAGACUUGUACUGUCCAGCCUGUGUGUCGCUUUUUGGAUCCUGCCCAGAAAACUCUGAAACUGUUAGGUGCCCUAGCGGCACCACUCACUGUUACAAGGGUUACAUUGCUCUCCGGGGAGGUGGGCUGAGCACCUCAUUGAACGUUCAGGGCUGGGUGGCUCAACCUUCCAGCUCCUUGUUGAACCGUAUUCAGAAUAUUGGGGUCAUUUCCGUGGCUGAGAAGCGUGAUGACGAGAAUGAGCCUCUAGAGAAUGAGCUUCUACUCCCAGCUGGAGCUGCUCCUGCCCCCUACCUGGCUUGGGUGGUAGGGCUGGGGCUAUCUCUAGCCCUGUGGUGUGGAGCCCCCUCCCUGCUCAUCCCAUUUUCUCACGAUUCUUAGCUCCUGCUGACCCCCAGUCCCCAACCCUCCCUCUGACCUCAUAACUAAACAGUCUUGGACACUGAAUUAUUUCCCCAUCCUCUACACGAAUUAUCAUCCACCCCCAUGCCCUGCCCCCCAUCACAUACUAUAUGACCUGAUGACAACAUAUGGAAAGGUCUGGAAGCAGCUGAACUUUCC